AUUACCAUUGCUAUCUGGAGUUCCAUUUCUUUUCUGUUUGUUGUUUUCUUUUCCUUUGCUCACAAGUCAUGACAUGAGCAAACAAAGUCCAUUUUCACGUGGCAAAUGAAUGUCUUGGAAACAGGGAGAUUCUCCAACGGUAGGCUUUGUGGCAUGAGGUGUAAUGUAAUGCAAGCUAUGGACGUGUCAAAGAUCCCCCUGCCUACAUACCCGUUCUCCUCAUUUGAUUUCCCCAACGACAUACACAAGUUUCGCACUAGAAUCCUCCAAUUCCAUUGCCUUCCACAUUCUUGUAUCUUUCUCUACUGCUCCCUCCAAAGUGUUCUGCUUCAACAACUGUUGUUUUGUCUGAGUUACUCAUGAAAAAUUAUCAACAUGUAUAAGAAGCGUUUGAAUAUCUGGGUUCAUGCUUUAUUUAACCUGAAAGCUCCAUAUUGCAUCGACCCUUUUCUUGAGAGAUGGUUGGCUUUGGAAAGAAACUGAGAGAAUCACAAAUUCAAGAAUGGCAAGGAUACUACAUUAAUUAUAAAUUAAUGAAGAAGAAAGUCAACCGAUACACACAACAAAUUGAGGUUCAAACACAAAAUCGCCUCAAUGUUCUGAUGGACUUCUCAAGAUUGCUAGAUUGUCAGAUCGAAAAGAUAGUUCUUUUCCUGCUAGAACAACAAGGACUACUUGGUACCAGGUUAUCCAAUCUCAGAGAGCAGCACCAUGCCCUUUUACCGCAGCCCAAUGGAUCAAGAAUAUUUGAAUUACAAGAAGCAUACAGAGCAGUUGGACGUGACCUUUUAAGGCUUCUAUUUUUUGUUGAGAUGAAUGCCAUUGGUUUACGCAAGAUAUUGAAAAAGUUCGAUAAACGGUUUGGUUAUAAGUUCACUGACUACUAUGUUAAAACUCGUGCAAAUCAUCCUUACUCCCAGUUGCAACAAAUUUUUAAGCAUGUGGGUUUUGGUGCUGUCAUUGGAACCAUAUCUCGCAAUCUUGCUGACCUUCAAGACCUUCAACGCCAUCAGGGAAACUACAUAUCAAUAUAUGAUCAGCCUGCUUUAUCCCACCCGGAUCCUGUCAUUGAUUCUAUUAGAUCAGCUGUAGACAGGUUUUCAAACUCAACAAAUUACCUUCACUUUUUGGGAAGGCAUGCGUUUAUUAUGGAGGAGGAGUUACCAACUCAAUCUGAAGAUGAUAAUGUUGACAACAGAUAUCACUCUAUGUCACUUCUCUUGAACCUAGUAAACACAUUUCUGUACAUGGUUAACACAUAUAUUAUAGUGCCAACAGCAGACAACUACUCCAUGAGACUUGGAGCUGCAGCAACCGUCUGUGGUGUUGUGAUUGGCUCUAUGGCUGUCGCACAGUUGUUUUCUUCAGUUUAUUUUAGCGCAUGGUCGAAUAGAUCAUACUUGAGGCCACUUGUAUUUAGUAGCAUCGUCCUUCUGGUGGGAAACACCUUAUAUGCAUUGGCCUAUGAUCUCAAUUCAAUAUCAGUUCUUCUGAUUGGUCGCCUGUUCUGUGGGUUAGGUUCAGCAAGAGCUGUUAACAGGCGUUAUAUCAGUGAUUGUGUGCCGCUGAAAUUGCGAAUGAAGGCUUCUGCUGGUUUUGUCAGCGCGAGUGCGCUUGGAAUGGCAUGUGGUCCAGCUCUUGCUUGUUUACUUCAGAUGAAUUUUAAGAUUUCCAAAAUCACUUUUAAUGAAGACACUUUACCCGGUUGGCUUAUGGCUCUUGCGUGGCUUGUCUACUUAAUGUGGUUAUGGAUUUCUUUUAGAGAGCCCCCUCGUGAGACUAAAGAAAAUCUUGUGCCGCAGGAAAUUGAUGCUGGACCAUUGGUAAAUGUUGCCGUGGAGAAUGGUUUCAACCAACCAUUGCUAAUGAAAUCAGAAGCUAAGCAACAAGAUGAAGAUGGAGACAAAGAAUGUGAUGAUGCUGAAGAAGAUUCUGGGGAAAUUCACAAACCUGUCACAUCAAUUGUGGUGGCAUAUAGAUUACUUACACCAUCAAUAAAGGUUCAACUAUUUGUGUAUUUUAUGCUCAAAUAUGCCAUGGAGAUUUUACUUGCUGAAUCAAGUGUCAUCACUGGAUAUUAUUUUCUUUGGCCAAUCAACAGUGUGGCAGUCUUUCUUGCAUGCCUCGGUCUAACAGUGCUUCCAGUAAACUUUAUUGUUGGUAACUAUAUCAGCAACAUGUUUGAAGAAAGGCAAAUUCUACUGGCAUCUGAAAUUAUGGUGUGUAUUGGUAUACUCCUAAGUUUCCACGUAUUCAUCCCUUACUCUGUCUCUCAGUAUGUUGGCUCAGCUCUAAUCACGUUUGUGUCUGCUGAAGUCCUUGAAGGCGUGAACUUAUCGCUUCUAUCCCGUGUCAUGUCAUCAAGGCUUUCCCGUGGGACAUACAAUGGUGGACUGCUCUCCACGGAAGCGGGGACUCUGGCUCGAGUAAUUGCAGAUGGUACAAUAACACUGUUUGGUUAUUUGGGUGAGAGUAAGCUCUUGAAUAUCACCUUAGUUCCUGCACUCCUCAUCUGUAUCUCAUCCAUCAUAGCCACCUGCUUCACCUACAACUCUCUCUACUAGUACCCUUCCAUUCUAACAUGCACAAAUGUUGAAUUGUAUAGCUGAACUUUUUCACUGAUCAAAGGUGUACAAUGCUCUACAAUGAGAGCUAUCAACUUGUCUUGUUAUCUUUCCCAUGAAUGUGUUUCUAAUUGUUUAUGACCCCAUUAAAGGUUGAAAGUAGGCUAAUCGUCUAAUGCCCUUUUACUUAUUUGCUACCAUAUUUCCUUCUAUGAGCAUGAACUCUGUUGAGCUCACUAAUACUCAAUCAGUCAAUUGGUAUGCAACAA